AGUGUUUGGCUUUGGUUUGACAAGUUUCCCUGCGCGAUAAUGGCGGUUGGAGUGAGUACUUAGUUGACACAUUUGAUGAAAGUUGCAGCUAAUUCUUCCGCGUGUUUCUAAUACGAAGGAACCACAUACGCUGGCAAAUGUAGGAACUCAGGGAGGGUUCGUUUUUCCAAUUAAAGCUAUUCAGGAAGGUAAAAAACUCUCAAUUUCGAAGACAGAGACAAGAGCAAAGAUGAACAACCUAUCCUUUGACGAUUCCACGUUGGAUAGCCUGGAUCCAACGAUGUCGCUGCAUGACCCCAGCGAAAUUGACACAGCGCUUUUAAGCGACAUCGAUGAUAUGUUACAGCUUCUUAACAACCAGGAUGUGGAGUUUGGAGGAAUCUUUGAUAACCCACCUUACCCGGUGACUACACCCACCCAAGAACUUCCGAGUUUAACCCAAUCCAUCACUUCUGCUACCCCUUCAGCCACUAUUACAACAGCUCCGUUAUCAUCCUCUUCCUCUUCGCCUUCCUCGAUCCUAAGCAGCAGUCCCCACCUAGAUGCACUUUUAGGGCCUCCCAUCACCCGCAGCUCUUCCACCCCAGACAAGGCCUUCCAGCCUCCCACUUUCCAACAGUCUCCUUUGGCCCAUGUGGGCAGCACCACCCCACAGCAGCAGCCAUCUUCUCCACAGCAGGUUCAAACUGUCAGACAACCCCAGGUGGAACAGCCUCAGUCUGUUCUCAGCCCAGCUGCUUCACCACAUGGCUCACCUGGAACGAGUUUAGCAUUCAGCACUUCACCCCAGGCUGUCUUCACCUUACCUGUACCCCAGUCACAACUCCAGGCUCAGUCGCAACAAGCCCGGACCACCUACAGCACUCAAAAUAGCUACCCAGCUGGCACCCUGAGCCAACCUACCACCAGUUUAUCUUCAUCUCCUCCAAGUGUCCAGCCAAUGACCAUCCAGGCUUCACUUCAGGGUCUGACCACCACCUCUUCCCUGCUCACCACUUCCAGCAGCCCCUCGUCUCAAACCAUCACAUCUCAUGUGCAGCAAGUUCCUGUGUUGCUGCAGCCCCAGUUCAUCAAGGCUGAGUCCCUGCUGCUGACCACUCUGAAGCAUGAUCCUUGUAUAGUUACAACUGUGGCCUCACCUACUUCCCUGGCCAGCACCAGUCCAGCACAGAGCACAGCACUGCAGGCUUUUAUGGGUGGCGGUACCAUCCUGACCACGGUGCCGGUCAUGGUGGAUGCUGAGAAGAUUCCAAUCAACCGCAUCGCCAUCAGUGGAAAGCUGGGCAGCCAGCCUCCGAAGGGAGAAAAGCGUACAGCCCACAAUGCCAUUGAGAAGAGGUACCGCUCCUCCAUCAAUGACAAGAUUGUGGAGCUUAAAGACCUGGUGUCUGGCCAUGAAGCCAAGCUCAACAAGUCUGCUGUGCUGAGAAAGGCCAUUGACUACAUCCGUUACCUGCAGCAGGCCAAUCAGAAACUCAAACAGGAGAACAUGGCUCUGAAAAUGGUGGCCCAGAAGAACAAGUCCCUCAAAGAUCUGGUUGCCAUGGAAGUUGAUGGACAGUCUGACGUGAAGAGUGAGUUGCCCACUCCACCAGCAUCUGAUGUGGGGUCGCCGACAUCUUUCUCACACUGUGGCAGCGACUCGGAGCCUGACAGUCCAAUGGGAGAGGACACCAAGCCAAACAUGGGCGCAUCAGACCAAUCAACAGCAGGCAGCAGUGCUGGCGGCAUGUUGGACCGUUCCCGCAUGGCACUCUGCGCCUUCACCUUCCUUUUCCUCUCACUCAACCCUUUGGCUGCUUUGCUGUGUUCUUCUGGCAGUAGCUCAGCUGGAGGUGCUGCAGUAAGCACCACCCACCACUCAGGCAGCAGGAGUGUUCUGGGUGUGGAUAUUGGAACCGACUCAUGGGGCUGGAUGGACUGGAUGUUGCCGACUAUACUGGUGUGGCUUCUUAACGGUAUCCUGGUGUCUGGAGUUCUGAUCCGUCUCCUGGUUUAUGGAGAACCUGUCACUAGGCCACACUCUGGAUCCUCUGUUCUGUUCUGGAGGCACCGCAAGCAGGCUGACCUGGAUUUGGCCAGGGGUGACUUUGCUCAGGCCAGUCAGAACCUGUGGACAUGUCUUAAGGCUCUUGGUCGUCCCUUGCCCACCUCUCAGUUGGAUUUGGCCUGUGCUGCGCUGUGGUCUCUGCUGAGAUUCUCCCUUCAGCGCCUGUGGGUGGGCCGCUGGCUGGCUGCUAGGGCUGGAGGUCUGCGUUCUGACCGCCCCCUACAGGAGGAUGCCUGCAAAAGCAGCAGAGAUGCUGCCCUGGUUUACCACCGCCUUCAUCAGCUUCACAUGACAGGGAAACUAAACGGCAGCCACCUGUCUGCAAUACACAUGGCUCUAAGUGCAGUGAAUCUGGCAGAGUGCUCUGGUUCCUGUCUGCCCGUGGCCUCACUGGCUGAAGUCUACGUCUCUGCAGCUUUACGUGUCAAAGCCAGUCUUCCCAGGAUCCUGCAUUUCACCUCUCGUGUGUUCCUGAGCAGUGCACGUCAAGCCUGCCUGUCAUCCAGUGGCAGCGUGCCUCCAGCCAUGCAGUGGCUCUGCCAUCCACUUGGUCACCGCUUCUUUGUGGAUGGAGACUGGGCCAUUCGCAGCACUCCUAAAGAAAGUAUCUACAGCCAGGCUGGCAACACAGUGGAUCCCCUGGCCCAGGUGACUCAGGCAUUCAGAGAACACCUCCUGGAGAAGGCUCUGUACUGUGUGGCUCAGCCGCGUGGAGAGAAAAGUGCCACCCAGGCUGAUGGGGAGUACUCUGACGCCCUAGAAUACCUCCAGCUCUUGAUUAGUGCUUCAGAUGCAGCCGGUGCCACAACUCAGUCCUUUGCCAUCGGCUCCAACAUGGCCACCAUCACUGGCUGCGACCCCCACUCCAAAUGGUGGUCUUCAGUUGCUGUGGUGAUCAUCAACUGGCUCCAAGGAGAUGACGCUGCAGCAGAGAGACUGUAUCCGACUGUUGAGCACCUGCCUCGCAGUCUGCAGAACGCAGAGACUCCCUUGCCCAAGGUGUGUCUGAACACAUUCAGGGCAGUGCGAGCUCUGCUGUCCAAGCCAGAAAACUGCCAACUUAGUCUAAGCUACAGCGACAAGGCCAGCGCCCUGCUCAAAGACAGCCUUAACCUGGGACCACACAGCCACAGUUCCAGCUUAGACAAGGUCAUCCAGUUGCAGUUGUGUGAUCUGCUGCUCCUGAUGAGGACCAACGUUUGGCAGCUGCAGCAGCAGGGGGCCAGUCCUGCAGGGUCGGGGCCAGUGGUCAGCAGCGGCCCCCCAGGAGUCCAACAGGCCUCGCCACCAGAGCUCCAAGGAUUUCAGCAAGAUCUCAGUUCCCUGCGCAAACUGGCCCACAGCUUCAGACCUGCCAUGAGAAGAUUGUUCCUGCAUGAAGCCACAGCCAGGCUCAUGGCAGGAGCCAGUCCCACCAGAACACAUCAGCUCCUGGAUCGCUCGCUGCGACGCAGGGCGACACCCGGAGCCAAGACAGAAGAGUGUGAGAUGCGGCCAGGCCAGCGUGAGCAGGUGGAGGCUGUGAUGCUGGCGUGUCGUUACCUCCCCCCCUCCUUCCUGUCUGCACCAGGUCAGAGGGUGGGCAUGCUGGCGGACGCAGCCCGUACACUGGAGAAGCUCGGCGACAAGAGGACUCUCCACGACUGCCAGCAAAUGAUCAUCAAGCUGGGGAGCGGCACCACGGUCACCAACAGCUAGAGGGGAGGGGAGGGCAGGGGAGGGGAAGGAGAGGGUGGAGGCUGUGAGACAUGCAUGGACAGUGUACAUAUAAAACCAAACCUGCUUCUACACAUACACAACUGCACCGUCUCAGUGUAAAUCAACCUCUGGUUGGUGUUUCCUUUUCAUCAAAAGUCCCUCGCUCCAUCUCCGAUCUUACAUCAUGCAGCACUUACGUUCAAGCUCUUAUUUUUUUGCCUUCUAAAGAGCAAAAAUCCCCGCCAGAAGAUUAAUCUGCAGUACAACGACUAUCCACAGAGGGGUGCCAUUACGUCCUCUUAAAUAAUGGUGUUGUGUAUGUGUGAAAAGCAUGAAAGAGAUUUCUACUACAUUUGUUUUUUUAAUUACUUCUACCACCAAGUCUUAUCUCUGAUUGGCUGCAGAGUAAGGCGUGGGAGUUGAAGGACAGCACCAGAGUUGGUCCUAUUGUGGGCUCGUCCUGUAGGAAUCGUCCCUGCGGUUCGUCUAAACAUUGUCCGAGUCGGUGACACGAUGACUUGAGACCUGGUGACCCACAGCACAGAGCUCUAUCUGUACCUGCACUAGCCCUGAGAGGCAGAUUUCAAUAUUAAUUAACAUUAUGGCUUUAUUUUCACGGAGGUCUGUUUUUGUUGUGUUUUGUCGUGUACAUAUUUUAAAACGUAUUUAUAAUCUGUCUGAACUUUGAUUAAGCAGUAUUUUUGCAUAAGCAGAGUUAACAAAAAAUUCUGGGUUACCAUUUAUGACUUUCGAUCAGGUCCAAAUCAUCCACAUUACUCUGCUGUCAUGGCAACAGGCAUCAAAAUUUAGUUACCGCCACGGUGAUAUUUGCGUCAUGUCGUCUGCUUCACUCGACCUUUUUAGCGAGUAACGUGCAACGUUGACAGCCAGACAUUUGGCAGCAUCUGACAGUGGCGUUGUCAGAUGACGGCUAGAGGUUUAAAUGUGAAUUUUCUGUUUCACUUUUCACAGCAAAUGACAUGCUUUUAAAAAUACACAGUAAAAAAAAUACAACAGUUGACCAUUGUUUUCCAAUGAGGGGUUGUUCACGGAACCAGUCAGUUUAGCCAGUUUACUCUUGUAGUGCUCGUAGAGAAAGAACUGUAAUAAAUGAAUUGGCAGAUGUUUGAUGUUUGUCUCAGGAUCUGAAUGUUUUAUAGUUUGUCACUAAUGGUAAGGACUGAGAGGCGUCAGUUUGAGGUGAAUGCAACACAAUCGUGUCGAGCGAAGGUCGUGUUAACGUCCUUCAACGUGACAUGUUUUCAUCUCCAUUUUUCUUGGUUUUCACACUGAUGUAAAUAUUAAAACAUUUUGUAAUGAAAA